AUGGAGGAAGUAUCUUCAUUGCUUAAAGCCCAAGCUCCCCUCCCUCCCCCUCCUCUUCGACCCUCUUCGACCCUUCUCGCCCCCCCCCGUCCCUCCCUCUCUCUUCCUCUCUCUCUCUCCACACUCACGGCGUUAGUUACGACUCAAGAACUCGUUUCUAUCCCCAUUGUUGCCCGUUCGUUCCAUCCCUCAACGAUCGACGUCUCCUUUCGUCAUUGCCUGCCGGGCGGCGAACGGCCACGGCGCGGUGAUUCGUUCAUUGGCAACAUGUCUGGCGCAAGACCUGCAGAUGGAGAUGCGACCACCACCACCACCACCACCACCACCACCACCACCAUAACGACCACUACCGAUGAGCCGGAAGGCCCCGGCCGACUCCCGAGUCGUUCCCUGCCUCCCGAUACGGCUGUCGGUCCGCAUCCUCCGGAAUCCUUCCUUCGGUUUCGUCUCUCAGACCUUGGCCUGUUAGAUGAAGAUCUCGACGACGACGGUAACACCGAACACGAGGAACUGUACCGGGGCCAGCAACCGGCCGGGACGCAAGAAGACGGCGGAAACGACGCACGAUCCGACCGCCCCUCGAUCGACGCGACGGAAGACGGCGCCACGGUCAAUGACGCCGCAUCUCUCUUUUCCAUCGACGACGCCUCUGUUGCAGGGGGCCGACCGCCCUCGCUGUGGUCCUUGGAGACCAGCGACUACGAGAAUGGGUUCCAACAGCGACACGGCCGGACAUACCACCCGAUAGAGGAAUACAUUCUGCCAAACGACACAACCGAGCAGUUCCGCCUGGACAUUCAACACCUUCUCUGGCUGGCCACCUGGGACGGACGGCUGUGUAUGUGUCCCAAGAAUGAGAGCGCCUCGCGGGUUCUUGAUGUCGGGACUGGGACUGGCGUAUGGGCCAUGGCAUAUGCUGAUGAACAUCCCGAAGCAAUCGUCACCGGCGUCGACAUCAGUCCGAUUCAACCCCAAGCCGUUGCGCCCAACUGCUUCUUCGAGAUCUACAACGUCGAGGGCAACUGGCCGUGGAGGACCCCCCACGACUUCAUCUUCAUCCGGCACAUGAACACGGCCUUUGCCGACUGGAGCGAGACCAUCGAAAAGGCCUUUAGGAGCCUCGAGCCCGGCGGCUAUAUCGAGCUGCAGGACAACACGUUCCCCAUCAUGAGCCACGAGGGCGUCCUGCCGCCCAACAGCGCCAUCGCCAAGUGGUCGUCCAUGCUGAUGGAGAGCACGCGCAUCCUGGGCCGGCCGUGCGACGAGCCCUCGCGGUUCCGGUGCCUGCUCGAGGACGCCGGCUUCGAGGCCGUCGUCGAGAUCAAGAGGGUGUGGCCCAUCGGGCCCUGGGCGGCCGGGCGGCGCCACGUCAUGACGGGCUCGCUGUGCCAGGACACCUCCAUCGCUGGGCUCGAGCCGUCGACGCUGCGGCUGUUCACUACCGUCUUUGGCUGGACCGUCGAGGAGACCAAGAACUUUUGCCGCGAGGUCGAGGCCGAGAUCCGGGGCCAGCGGCUGCAUGCCUACUUUAAUGUAUACUGUGUAUAUGGGAUGAAACCCUACUGGGCUUGAUCUGGCUUGGGAUGGAGAU